AUGUCUCCUCCCGCCCAUGGUGGCUUCUCUAACCGUGCCUCCUCAUACAGGUCACGCGGCCCCGCACCCAAGAUCGUCGUGAAGAAGGAACCCUCAUCGCCCGACAUGCCCAACUCGCGGCACCGCCCCAGCCGCCUGAACCUCUCUAACUCGCACGUCGUCCACUCUUCCGGCGCCCUCACAGCACGACCUGCGGGUCUGUCGACCGGUAAAGACUUGCACGGUGUCGGCAUCGCUUGCCUGUCUCCGGGCUUCCACACCAACGACCCUUCGAUGCGUGAGCAGCUUCAAAGGAGCAUGGAUGUAAGAGAGAGGCAGAGGCAGAUCAUAGAAGCACGCAACAAGACCGGCGGAAAAGGCGGACCACCCGACGACGACCCUCGUCAGCAAGAUAUGAGCCCAUUCGGACGACCAUUGAAGACGCCCAAGAGGAAAGGUCCCCCGCCUGGUCUUUCCAUCGCCCCUCCUUCGCAUUCUCAGUUCGCAAACGAGCGAGUAAUCCAGUCUGCACCUAUCAACCAGUCCUUCACUGGACUACGCACCAACUUGCCGCCGUCCCGCCAACUCGCCAACGGUCCCUCGAAUCUGUCCCAAACUUCACACAUCCACCAUGUCCCCGCACAGCAGACGAGCAACAGACUGCCACCCAUCGCAGAUGUCUUCCCGGAGCCGCUUGGAACUGGUCGUGGCAUGUACACCAACAGCCCUGGUACAUCGUCCCACUCCAACGUACAACCACCUCUCCCAUCUCCGGGAUUCCCACCACCGCAUCAUCAGCAAUUGCCGCUUAAUACCCGCCCUCGAGAGUACAAGUCCGCCGAGGAAGCUGUCCAGACCCUUUCCGGCGGCCGUGAGGAUCUUCUGCCCCGCAUUGUUCACUAUGGCGGCCACCAGCCCCCGACGCCCCCGUCGCCCAUGCCAGGCAAGAACGCUUCUCACGCCUACCCACCACCCAGCGCCGAUCAUCUGCACCGCAGCGGUAGCGGCAGGAGACGAGGCCGAGACGAGUACGAGCGCGAUAUGGGAACCCCUCCACUAGGCCGACAACAGACACGCCCUGGGCCUUUUGGCGAACCUCGCGACUCCCCGGAGACCCAGCAAAGGAAGAAGGAAGAGUUCAUCUCCCUCUGCGCGAGGGCUUGGGACCUGUUUCAUUCGUGA